GAUGGAGAAAAUGGAACAGAUGAAAAAAGAAAGGCAGGAAAAUUGCCUACUGUGUUGCUGCAGACCCCUACCAGUGAAAUGGAAUAUUUUGAUGACCGGAAGAAAGUUGAUGUUGCUAGGACAAAGAUCAGCACAGAUAGUCCACUCCUGACAAUGGAUAUCAAGAGUGACCUCAAGACUGAAAGGAAAAAACAUGCCUCAAAUCAGCUGAAGGCAAAUGCACACUUUCAUAAGCUGUUUCUAGAUGUUCCUAUUGAUGAACCACUGAAACAAAGCUUUACCUGUGCUCUUCAGAAAGAAAUUCUGUACCAAGGAAAAUUAUUCCUUUCUGAAAACUGGAUUUGCUUCCAUUCCAAGGUUUUUGGUAAAGACACCAAGAUUAGUAUACCUGUGCUCUCAGUGACACUUUUGAAGAAAACCAAAACUGCCCUUCUUGUGCCAAAUGCUCUAAUCAUAGCAACAGUCACAGAUAGGUACAUGUUUGUCUCCUUACUCUCCAGAGAUACCACCUACAAGCUAUUAAAAUCUAUCUGUAGACAUCUUGAGGAUACAAGCAUGGGCAACAGUUCGAAUCCCUCUUCUGCAGAAAACAGCUUCAGGGCUGAUCGUCCUACACCUCUGUCCUUGGAUUUCAAUGAAGACUAUUCUGAUCUGGAUGGAAUAGUGGAGCAGCGGAGACAGGAGAUGGAAGAGUCCAGCAGCUCAGGCUCACAGACCCCAGAGCUGGAAUGCUUCCAAGAUUAUCAUAUGAUUGAGACACAGACUCACUUGAAAGUUUCCAAGACUGAGGCAAAGUCUGUCCGUUCAGAUUCACAUGGCAAACGUGGAAGUGACGGAAAAGCCUGGAACAGUGCUCAAAAUGGCCAUUCUGAAGCCUUCAGGUUCUUCCAUAAAGUGAAGUCCCAAAAGCUGUUGUCUCUGAACCAUGUACUUGUAUUUUAUGCAGUUCUUGUCUGUGUAUUAAUAUUUUCUACCUUCUACAUGAGAUAUAAAAUCAGUGUGCUGGAGGAACGUCUUAUUUCCAUCACAUCCUUUAAUUCACAUAUUAAGGAGUAAGAUACACUC